GGCCGGCUCGUCGCCGGCGGAUCCGUCGCGGGAGCUAGGGUUUCGCCGCCUGGGCCGUCGCCGUCCGCGAGAUCUAGGGUUUCGAGCUCAGGAAAGGUAGAAUUUUCCUAGGGCAAGAUCAAUAGUAUCAGAAAAUCAUGAAAGCUCCCCAGCAGCACGGUAAACCAGCGGAUGCAGAUGCAAAGGCCAAGCCUGGCAAUAAGAUCCAGUGCUUGAAGCCAGGCAAAUAUUCUAAGAAAUCGUCAGGCAAUGUUGUGCCAAAAUGCGUAAGGGGAGAUGCUCAAUCACAUACUGACAAUAAGAUUACUGGCACUAAGAUUCAGUUGAAGGGUGGCAGCUUUAUGGUGGCACCAUUUAGCAAUUCGACAAACCUAUUGGCUAAGCUGCCAAAUCAUUCUGGAAAGAUGAAGCUUCAGUUUUUCCCAAUAGAUGAGGCGAUUCAAACUAUUCUACAGCAGGAAAAUCACAAUCCUUACCUGGAGUUAACUUUGGCUCCUCGAAAGAAGGUGUCCUCAAUUGUGCAACAUCUGAACACAAAAUGGGGCCGUUCUAGUUGCGCAAAAGGCGACCUCAUGCUCUUCCCUUACAGUGCUAGACUGGAUAGCAUUGCUGACAGUGAAAAAUGGACCCUUAAGGAUUCUUGCACAGCUGGCGAUGUUUAUGCUGCUGUUGGCAGCCCUUCAACAUUUCGAUUAAGGUAUGGAUGGUUUGAACCUAUUUUGAAGCAACAAAGCAGCGUAGCAUCUUUGCCAUCAGUGCACUCUGCAGAAAAGACUAUUGUCGACAGGCCUUCAGAUCCCCCUUCCAGUCAACAAGAACAAAUGGUUAAUUUGAGUGAGUUUCCAGCUAAUUUUGCCAGACGAUCCGUUGAGUCUACUCCAGAACAGACUGUGUCGGACAACCAAAGCAAAGUGACACCACUUUCAUGGAUUGACUGCAUAUCCAAUAUCAGUUUCGGAGCACUGUUAUCGGAAGUUGUACCCUCUCAAGACAGCAAACAACCACCUUCACAAAGUAUUCUUCAGCAGCUUCCUGCUACAUGUGACUCAUUUGAUGCUGCUAUUGCCUCCUUGAUUCGACAACAGCAAACUAACCAACCGAAAGUGUCAAAUCCAUCCCUUUGGGAUGCAGAAGAAACUUGUCAUGCAUUUCCUUCCCGGAAGCAAACUUCAGUCAGGGGACCCUUGUCAGCUCCUAGCAACAGUAGUGCUCUUGCCUCAUCUAUGCUGGGUGCAAUCCCUGAAUCUGAUGCAGAUGGUGAUCAGCAAUGUUGUACUGAAGGCAGGAAAGAGGAACCAAUACCUCCGGUACCAUGCUUUGGCAAUAAUGAGAAUGUGAAACCAGAUGUCUCAAUGGUACCGCCUGAAUCCACCGGUGAGCCAGAGCUUGGGGCAUUUCGCUCUAGGCUUUUGAAUGGAACUGACAGUUUAGGACUCAGCGGCUUGCUAGCAAACAGCUUGGACGCAUUCCCCAACUUCUCUGUUUCGUAAUGCUCAGAUUUACCUGAUGGAAUACCAGAAGUUAUAGAUCCUGUAAAGACGAGGAACUAAUAAGAGAUCAUCAUUGGGCUUCCUGCUUCAACCGAAGUGACUACUGGGCUUGUUGAAGCUGUUUGUGUAGAUAAUAAUUAGUUAAUGACCUAUCUUAGCCACUUGAUCUUUUAAUUACAGAUCGCUACUCGAGAUGGUUCUGUCGUUUUUGAAAUUGUCCAUAAUCUACUCGGUUGCUUACUGUGUUCUUUGCACCCUUGUACUGUGCUGAUUGUUUCACAAACAAAUAUAUUUAUUGAAACUUUGUAUUC